CCGUCUCGUCUCCUCCACCGGCUCUCUCCCGCUCCCGCCCUCUCCAGCUCUCCCUCCCGCGCCUCGUUGCCGAAAAUUUCCCCGGAAAUUUUCAAACCACCUCUUCCGUGGCACGGCGCGGCGCGCUUCCCCGUCCCCUCGCAUUUCCCGCCUCCUUCCAUCGCAAGGCAAGCCGGCGCUAAUCCCCAAUUCAGAUUCAAAAACCCCUCCCCCCAAUUCGUCACCCCCCCUAUAAACUCCACCGCUUCCCCCUCCUCGCAAUCGCAAUCCGCUCGAGCAUCCCCCAGCUCCGAAAUCCCCCGAUCCCCCACCCCCUCCAGACCCCUCGAGAGCCGAAUCCUCCGGUCCCUUCGACGAUGCCUUCCGCGCCGGCGCUCGUGCCCGCGUGCGACGCGGAGGAGCCCUUGCUGGCGGAGUCGUCGGACCGCUUCUCCAUGUUCCCGAUCCGGUACCCGCAGAUCUGGGAGUUCUACAAGAAGGCGGUGGCGUCCUUCUGGACGGCCGAGGAGGUGGACCUCUCGGCCGACGCGCGCCACUGGGACGCGGCGCUCUCCCCCGACGAGCGCCACUUCAUCUCCCACGUGCUCGCCUUCUUCGCCGCCUCCGACGGCAUCGUGCUCGAGAACCUCGCCUCCCGCUUCAUGUCCGACGUGCAGGUCGCGGAGGCGCGCGCCUUCUACGGCUUCCAGAUCGCCAUCGAGAACAUCCACUCGGAGAUGUACUCGCUGCUGCUGGAGACCUACAUCCGCGACGGCGCCGAGAAGGACCGCCUCUUCCGCGCCAUCGACACCGUCCCCGCCGUGCGCCGCAAGGCCGACUGGGCCAUGCGCUGGAUCGACGGCGGGGAGCGCUUCGCCGAGCGCCUCGUCGCCUUCGCCUGCGUCGAGGGCAUCUUCUUCUCGGGCUCCUUCUGCGCCAUCUUCUGGCUCAAGAAGCGCGGCCUCAUGCCGGGUCUCACCUUCUCCAACGAGCUCAUCUCCCGCGACGAGGGCCUCCACUGCGACUUCGCCUGCCUCCUCUACGAUCUCCUCCGCGGCAAGCUCGACGAGGGCCGCGUCCGCGAGAUCGUCGCCGACGCCGUCGACAUCGAGCGCGAGUUCGUCUGCGACGCGCUCCCCGUCGCGCUCGUCGGAAUGAACGGCGGCCUCAUGAGCCAGUACAUCGAGUUCGUCGCCGACCGCCUGCUCAUGGCGCUGGGCCACAAGAAGAUGUAUAACGUCGCCAACCCCUUCGACUGGAUGGAGCUCAUCUCGCUGCAGGGCAAGACCAACUUCUUCGAGAAGCGCGUCGGGGAGUACCAGAAGGCGUCCGUGAUGUCCAGCCUCAACGGUGGCGCCGCCGCGAACCACGUCUUCAGCAUCGACGAGGACUUCUGAGUUGUGACAGCGCGCGCCGUAAUAUAUUGCUCUGAUUAAUCUUAUUUGCUUCGGUCGCUUACUAGUUGUAGUAGAUCUAGUUCAUAUACUGCACGAUGAUGCAUAAUGUGCUGUGUUACUAGUUCCUGUUCGUCAUGUAAUGUAGUAAUCAACUUCUGGAUACACCGGCUGUUCUGAAGCCACUGCGCUCAUGGUGUUUGACGCAAUGCCUGAAAUCAAACACGCUUACCCGCAUUGAUCCAUUCUCUAA